UUAUAAAUAAUAAUCCCAUUCCUCAGACAGACACAUCGCUGUCUCUUGGCUUUACUAAACAAUAAUGCGAGGCUCAUCAUGACGAAAAUUCGAAUUAAAAACUACUUUUGAUACACUUUGAAAAAGCAACUGUUGACAUCAAUAGGCUACGAUUCCUGAGAGUGGAUAUGUGGAUACACUUUCUCUUGUCUUCAGGUAAUAAAUUAAAUCUGGUAUAUGGAUCGACGCAAGUUAUUUGUGCAAAGAAUGUGAAGGUAAAAACACAUUUUGUUUUAAUAAAAUCAAAUGUUGCAUUAAUGCAUAGUCAAAAAUGUGUUACUUCAUUGAUUUCGCUAUAACCUUAUGACAGUGUAUAUUCUUAUGUGAGUCUAAUUACUUGCCUGCAGCCUCUCUACAACCCUACUUAUUGUUAGUCUUUCUUAUUCGUUCAUGAAUGGGACAAGGGGCAUCGUCACAUUGUUGUAUAUUCACAACCAGUAAAUGGUUUGCUUAUCUAUAAACAUCUGCAUGAAAAUGUUAUCACAAUUAUUCUCAAUAGCCUGUACUUUUUUAUUAAUGAAAAACAAACAUGUCGAAUAGGCCUAUAGGUUCUUGUAAUUUUUUUAACCAAAUGUACAGAUAUAUUAAUUAUCAAAUGGAAGGGUUAUGUACUGUUUAUCUAUGAGAGCAAAACAUAGUCAUGUACAGUUCUAUAGAUUGAUUCAACAAAUCAAUCUUGUCUUGAGAGAAUAUAACUACCUUGAUGCAUAAUUAAUUGAAUCAUAAUUUUGAAACGUAAUUACCCCUUAAUUGAAAGGAAAGAUUGACCUACAUAGGCUACUUAAUGCAAUGUUUUUUUUUAUCCUGGGGGCAGCACAGAAGGUUAGAUAUGGGUCUCAUUAAUUUGUCAUCGACUGUUAAUUCUCUCACUAUUGUCUGAGACACAUCUGCUGGAGAGUCAGCUGGCUGAUACAGUAGGGAUGUCAAUAAUGUCACCCAGCAACCUACCCACAUCACCCACAGUUAAAUACAUACACGUUUGCCAUCCCCCGAGUCACAAUUAAACUAAAUAAUAAAAAGUAUUGAUCAUUUCUAAAUUGUCUGGAACUUUUUUCUCUAGAUACUCAUCUUAUGUUACAUAAUUUACCUUCAACUGGACAGCCAUGAAGUCUGCUCUGGAUGGAAUAGCUGACACCACUUUCCGAACAAUAACUAAUGGUUUGCAAUAUCUUGGCUCCAACGAUGUGAGCUACAGUGACCCAUCCAUAGAGUCUGGCUUUGCCAAGACUGGAUUCCAUUUAGAGAAGGCUCACUCUGCCCCACUUAGAAACUACUUCCCUCGAGUAGCUAGAGACGAGGAGCUCAUCUUUAAUGGCAACUCCAUUUACCAGACCAACUUCUCUGAUCUGGUUGGCAAUGGGACCUUUGUGGACGGCGGGGAUUCUAUCCAAUGCGGGGAGAACUCUGUGGACAUGGAGUGCUUCAUGAUUCUGACCCCCAGCCAGCAGUUGGUAGUAGCGAUCAUGGCACUCACCCUGGGAACCUUCACAGUGCUGGAGAACCUUAUUGUACUGUGUGUGAUCCUCCACUCCAGCACCCUGCGCUGUCGGCCCUCCUACCACUUCAUAGGAAGCCUGGCUGUGGCUGACCUUCUGGGCAGUGUCAUAUUUGUGUACAGUUUCUUGGACUUCCAUGUGCUACACCGGAAGGACAGCCCCAAUGUGUUUCUCUUUAAGCUUGGUGGGGUCAUCGCCUCUUUCAGUGCCUCUGUGGGCAGUCUCUUUCUCACAGCCAUAGACCGCUACAUCUCCAUCCACAGGCCCAUGGCUUACAAGCGGAUUGUCACCAAGACAAAGGCUGUCAUCGCCUUCUGCAUGAUGUGGACUAUCUCAAUCGUCAUCGCGGUGCUCCCCCUACUGGGCUGGAACUGUAAGCAACUGAACUCAGUGUGCUCUGACAUUUUCCCACUCAUCGACGUGAAGUACCUGAUGUUCUGGAUAGGGAUGACCAGUGUGCUGCUGCUGUUUAUCAUCUAUGCCUACAUGUUCAUCCUGUGGAAGGCCCACCACCACGCCGUGCGCAUGAUGAGCCGCCACUCCCAGAAGAGCAUCAUCGUCUACACAGCGCAUGGCACCAAGGUACAGACAAUGCGACCCGAGCAGGCCCGCAUGGACAUCCGCCUGGCCAAGACCUUAGUGCUGAUUCUUGUGGUCCUCGUCAUCUGCUGGGGCCCUGUGCUGGCCAUCAUGGUCUACGACCUGUUCUGGAAGAUGAACAACUUUAUCAAGACGGUUUUUGCCUUCUGCAGCAUGCUCUGCCUGCUCAACUCCACCGUCAACCCCAUCAUCUACGCCCUGAGGAGUAAGGACCUGCGCCGGGCCUUUCUUAACAUCUGCCAGACAUGCAGGGGAACUUCUCAACUACUGGACAACAGUGCUGAGUCCGAUUGCCACAGCAGGAGCGUAAAAGGCACAGCCACAGCCUACAAAUCCACGGCUAGCUGUGCAAACACCACUGUGAAAUUGGCCAAAGUUACCCUUUUGGUCUCCCCCGAGACAACUGCGUCUACCAUUAUGUGACUGUGAAGGAAUCGACUGAAGGAAUUAUGCAGAGUAGUCACUACCCCAACUUGCACUGCACUGAAAGUUUGCUAAACAUCAACUUCUAAUUCAGUUCUUUGAAGUAUAUGUAGCUAUAGGAUAAGAGAAUGUGGCUUUUUAUUUCAAUCUUUCAGAAGAAAUUCAUUUUCAUUGGGAAAUAAUGGCGAUAAUCAUUGUUAAACUGUACAGUUGUGUAUUUAGUGGCAUGCUUUGACUGUAUGGUUUGUCUCUAAAGUGCUUGUAGGUGAAAUUGGCUGCUCUUUAUAUUGUAAAUUAGUACAUUGUGAUGGUUUGUAGUUCUUGUCAUAAAGCAUGUUGU